AUGUUUCCCUUAGUUCUUCGCUUCUUGGAAUCUCGUGAUAAAAAUCUUCGACCCGUGGUUCGGGCCAUCAAAUCAAGAUACGAUAUGCGGGAUUCCCCAGAGUCCGCGCUGUUCCGGAUGCUGAAAACCUUGCUGGAAUUUGGUGACUUCGACGCGUGUGGAAAUCAUUCCUCCAUGAACCGACCAAUACGUAUUGUGAAAAUGUGUGGUAUUUUCGCGUACAUCAAUUAUUUGACGCCGAGGACUCGCCGGGAAGUUCUGGAUUUUCUCAUAAAAGGAUUGCAACGGCUUGAGUAUCGAGGGUAUGACUCUGCCGGAGUCGCGAUUGAUGGCGAUGACAUUCCAAGUGUGGUGAAGGAAACUGGAAAAGUGAAGGCGCUGGAAGAACUCAUUUUGGCCCAAGCUGCGUCGUUAGGCAUGGACACGACUCACGAUGUGCAUGUUGGAAUAGCUCACACUCGUUGGGCCACCCAUGGUGCCCCGUCACCCACGAACGCUCAUCCGCAGCGGUCAGAUCUCGGCAAUGGAUUUCUCGUCGUUCACAACGGCAUCCUAACCAACUACAAAGACGUCAAAAAGUACCUCGUCACUAAGGGCUAUGUUUUUGAGUCGGAAACUGACACUGAGGUGAUUGGUAAACUUUGUGACCAUUUGCGGCGCAAGCAUCCCGACUACUCGUUCAGGGAGGUGGUGGAGCAGGCCAUUGUGCAACUCGAGGGUGCUUUCGCCAUUUGUGUCAAGAGCAAGUACUUCCCGGGCGAGUGUGUUGCAAUGAGACGCGGAAGCCCGCUUCUUGUCGGCAUCAAGUCCAAGGACUCACGCUAUGAGACAGCCGAUUUUAUCCCGAUUGUGUACUCCAAGGACAACAGACCACGGUCUUCUUCUGGGUCCGUCCUGCUAAAACGGAACGAGUCCACUUCAGAGCUGUUGCUGCCAACUACUGAGGCAUCUGAAAUUGAGUAUUUCUUUGCGUCGGACGCGAGUGCUAUCGUAGAUCACACCAAGCGGGUUAUCUAUCUGGAAGAUGACGAUGUGGCAUUCGUUCGAGAUGGCUGUCUGAGCAUUCACAGGCUGAGCAGAAACACUGAUGGUGGACCAGCCGACGCAAGCCCAACAUCGAGAGAGAUCACAACGUUGAAGCUAGAGAUACAAGAAAUUAUGAAAGGGAAAUUCUCAUCGUUCAUGCAAAAGGAAAUUUUUGAACAACCAGAGUCUAUCUUCAACACCAUGCGCGGGAGAGUCAACUUUGAGAAGGGUACGGUGACAUUGGGUGGGAUCAAGGAAUACAUCCCGGAGAUAAAGCGUUGUAGAAGACUGCUGCUUAUUGCUUGUGGGACUUCAUAUCAUUCUGCCAUUGCUACUAGACAACUGCUGGAAGAACUCACGGAACUGCCAGUCAUGGUUGAUCUAGCAUCCGAUUUUAUGGACCGCAACACCCCCAUUUUCCGGGAUGACGUGUGCUUCUUCAUCUCUCAGUCGGGCGAAACCGCCGAUACGCUCAUAGCCCUACGAUACUGCAAGGCCCGUGGUGCUCUGGUUGUGGGCAUCACGAACACUGUGGGCUCUAGCAUCUGCAGGGAAUCUAUUUGUGGCGUGCACAUCAAUGCGGGACCAGAAAUCGGCGUUGCGUCCACUAAAGCUUACACGUCGCAAUUCGUGUCUCUAGUUAUGUUCGCGCUAGUAAUUUCCGAGGACCGUAUUUCGGCGAUGCCUAGACGUAUGGAGAUCAUCAAAGCCCUACAAAAUCUGCCCAAUCAGGUGCAGGAAGUUUUGGACCUGGAUGACCAAGUGAAGGAAUUGGCCGAGGAGUUGUAUUUACAGAAGAGCAUGCUGAUUAUGGGUCGCGGAUACAAUUUUGCUACGUGUCUGGAGGGAGCACUCAAGGUCAAGGAGAUCACAUACAUGCACAGCGAAGGAGUGUUGGCUGGGGAGCUCAAACAUGGACCAUUAGCAUUAGUGGACCAUAAUAUGCCGAUCGUGAUGGUGGUCAUGCGAGAUCCAGUGUAUGCCAAAUGCGUAAAUGCCCUGCAGCAGGUGACGGCACGAGAAGGGCGACCGAUUAUCAUUUGCGAGAAAGGAGACGAGGAGACAAAGAAUUUUGCCAAGUCUGUCUUUGAAAUCCCACCGACCGUGGACUGUUUACAAGGCAUCUUGUCCAUCAUCCCUCUCCAGCUUCUCAGUUACCACAUCGCUGUGUUGCGGGGCUGCAACGUCGACUGUCCCCGGAAUCUUGCAAAGUCUGUCACAGUGGAGUGAAGUUGAUUUCCGAUUGACGCAUUUCUGCAUUCCGUGUUCAUGCCUAUAGUUUUUACUGUUUUCGUCGACUAAAAUGUUUCUCGUAAUCAUCCAAUUUCUCUAAAUUUACGUUUUUUUUCAAGACUGCUUGUGUAAUUCCCAAACGAGCAUUUUUCGAUUCAUGUGGAGAACCCAGUCAUCUUGAGUUUUCUUAUGCGGAACCAAUCAAGUACCAAAUCAAUGAAUCUCCUGACAUCAGUUUACAUUUUUUUCUUCUUCUUUGGAUUCAACUUUGUGCUUGCUGGUUUAUUCUGACUUGGACUCGAUGAAUGUGGACCCAUUUUUGAAACAGCGACUGUACUGGCGCACAAUGAAGGCGUGAUAUCUCAUUUUCAUAUUUGAUGCGUGACCUCUGCACCGUCACUGUGUGCAUCAUUCGAGUGCAAUUGGUUUCCUCUCGUUACCCUUGAGGUGUUCUUCGUUUUUGAAUUAAUAACGAGGUUCCCAUGAAGAAUAAGUCUUAUUUCAAGUUCUGUGAAAAGAGAAUAUUUUUGCAUGAAUUUGAGUUACCCGCUGCGAGUGGUUCAUCUUUCUAUUGGAUUGUUUCAUGAGGGAAAAAUAUAUACAAUACAUGUACUUUUUGAAGUGA